AGACCUGCGAAAGGUGUAUAUGUAGUAGGGAGAAGAGCACAAGGUUGGAGCUCAGGAUUUGUGACACUUACACUUCACACUUUAGCGCUAGGUUGCACACGUAGCCAGCUUUAGCAUUUUCGCCCCUCUUUAGCAAGGUGUCAGGCGUUCACUAUAUAAUCUUUUGCACUAUCUUCCGGUUCUCGACGCCGUGGUGGAGAGUUGAUGAGGGCUACUCGACUUUCCUGCAAAUCCUCGACUAAUCAGUUCUUCGACCGCACCCAAGAAACCUUUCUCCCUAUGAGCUACACGGACGUCUUGCCUUUCAUCGAUAAGUUAACACCAGUCUUUAUCUCCCUAGAUCGAGCGAGAACGUCGAUCACCAUGAAGCCACCAGCUAUCCACCGAAGACCACCUCCGGCUACAACGCAACAGCGCCUCCAACCCCCAAGCAUACACGGAUUGCUUACCAUCGGCUACUGCGAUGACGCAUAUUGCAACGCUGUUGCCACAAGAAAGUUGCAUCUCUCGCCGCUUGACUCAGAAGAUUUUGGAACCUCGGAGAUUGCCAAUGCACGUUUAUAUCACGUGUCCGUUUCGAUCGAAGACAAGCCUGCCAGUCAAUCCAUUGACCAUGCAGUAUGCAGUCAAGAGACGAAUGGCACAUUCGAUAGGCGGCUGGCAAAAAUGACUGGGUCGCAACAAACCCAGUGUACCUAGAGUUUCAAGACCAGAUCAGAUGUUCACACUAUUCACACUAAAUCAUCCGCAGGCGGUUACUACGCGGAAGAGGAGAGCAAGCGACAAAAAGCUAACUAGUGCUCAAGCUAGCAGCUUAGUCAUGAGCCCCACGCAAUCGGCGCGCUUCAAAAGGCCACGGCUUGGUUAAAACUGUUCUCUU